AUGGACGCGUGCGCGAACACGGCCGCCCUCCGACUCCUGGAGGCUGCGCGCACGGGCGACGUGGAGACGGCCCGCUCGAUCCUGGACUCCAGGCCGAGGCUGGUCAACUGCCGCGACGUGGACGGCAGGCACUCCACGCCGCUGCACUUCGCCGCCGGGUACAACCGCCUGCCCCUCGCCCAAAUGCUGCUCCAGAGGGGCGCAGAUGUCCACGCUAAGGAUAAAGGGGGUCUGGUGCCGCUGCACAACGCGUGCUCUUACGGCCACUACGAGGUCACCGAGCUGCUGGUGUCUGCCGGCGCCGGCGUGAACGCUGCGGACCUCUGGCGGUUCACGCCCCUCCACGAGGCGGCAGCCAAGGGAAAGGCGGACAUCGUCCGGCUGCUCCUCAAGCACGGUGCGGAUCCGACGCGACGCAACCGCGACGGCCUCACGCCCCUGCAGCUGGUCAGGGCGGGCGACGGCGACACGGCCGACGCGCUGAGGGGCGACGCGGCGCUACUCGACGCGGCGAAGAGGGGUGACCUCGCCAGGGCCAAGAAGCUCAUCACGCCGCAAAACGUGAACUGCAGAGACGCGCAUGGAAGGAACUCCACACCACUGCAUCUUGCUGCCGGCUACAACAACCUGGAGGUGGCCGAGGCCCUCCUGGAGGCCGGUGCGGCUGUCUCCGCCCGGGACAAGGGCGGGCUGGUGCCCCUCCACAACGCCGCCUCCUACGGCCACCUGGAGCUGGCCGCCCUCCUCCUCAGGGCCGGGACGCCGCCCAACGCGGCCGACCGCUGGGGCUUCACGCCCCUCCACGAGGCUGCGCACAAGGCGCGGACCCAGCUUUGCGCCUUACUGCUCGCGCACGGAGCGGACCCGUUCCUGAAGAACCAGGAGGGGCAGACCGCUCUCGAGCUGGCAGGGGCGGACGACGUGCGCUCGCUGCUCCAGGACGCGAUGACCGGCGCCGCCGGGGGGGGCCCCACCCCCGCGCCCCCUCCCCCACCCCCGCCGCGGCUGCCCGUCCGGCUGCCUUCGGGCGACACGGCGCCACUAGCGCCCCCGGUCAUGCCGAGCAACUACUGGGCUGAGGGGUCGCGCGGGAGUCUGGAGGAUGCAGCCGGCAGGCCGGCGUCGGCACUCUCCACUUCGGAAUCACUACCGACCUUCCUCGCCAGGGUCGGGCUGGAGCAGCUGUGCCCCACGCUGGAGAGGGAGCAGAUCACCGUGGACAUCCUCUCGGAGAUGUCGCACGAGGACCUGCGCGCGGUGGGCGUGGCCGCGUACGGCCACCGGCACCGGCUGAUCAAGGCGGCCAGGCAGAGCCUCCAGGCGCAGUCGGAGUGGUACGGCGGCACCACUCUGGUGGACGUUGGCGCCGAGGAGUGCGGCGACGGGGAGUACGGGAUGCUGGAGAGGGAGAUGCAGGCGUCCGUGAGGGCGCACAGGGACCACGCCGGCGGCCAGUUCACCAGAUACCGGGUCGUCAGGAUCCAGAAGAUCGUGAACGGCCGCCUCUGGGAGCGGUACCAGCACCGGCGGAAGGAGGUCUCCGAGGAGGCGGGUGCUCCUAACGAGAGGAUGCUCUUCCACGGCUCCCCCUUCAUCAACGCGAUCGUGCAGAAGGGGUUCGACGAGCGGCACGCGUAUAUCGGCGGCAUGUUCGGCGCCGGCAUCUACUUCGCCGAGCACUCCUCCAAAAGCAACCAGUACGUGUACGGCUUCGGCGGCGGCUCCGGCUGCCCCGCCCACAAGGACAGGAGCUGCUACCUCUGCCACAGGAACAAGUCCGGAAAGGUAAAUAAAAGGAAAAUGAAGGGCGAGAAACGCAGAAAUUAUGAUUCUUCACGCUUCAAGGAGGCUUAUAUGAAAGUUAUAAAGGAUAAUUGGUCAGUGUACAAGGCGUCGAAGGAAUAUGGCAUACCGUGGUCUACUUUGAGAAGACACAUAGCUACUCAUGGAGGUGAAAGUUUCGACUUACCUAAACUUGGGAGACCAUUCACAUUAGACAGCGACCUUGAAUGUAAGUUUGUUUCCUACAUAAUUAAAAUGCAAGAACUAGGAUUUGGUCUCAGCGUCACAGACAUCAAAGCUAAAUGUUACGCUUUAGCAGUCCAAUCAGGAAAAGAUCACCAGUUUAACGAUGCUAAGCGUAAAGCUGGGCCUUAUUGGUGGUGGUCGUUUAAAGAACGGUACGGGCUUUCAUUGCGCACGCCAGAAAAGCUUGCAGCAUGCCGAGCUGUUACUGCUAACAGACAAAACAUUGACGAUUUUUAUAAAAAGCUACUGGACGUCGUUAUUGAGCUGGAUAUUUUGCAAAAGCCUGAAAGGAUUUAUAACUGCGACGAAACCGGUGUAAAGUUCGUCGUAAAACCGACAAAAAUUGUCACUCAAACUGGAAAGAAGGCCCGAUAUUUAACACCUCAAAGCACGAACAACAUGGACAGUCCUGAAGAAAACAUCGUCGCCAUAUCAAACGAAACCACAGUCGCCGUUACCAGUGAGGAGACCGUUACCUCGAUUCGUGUCCCCUCUGCUUCUCUAACUCCUGGACCUUCAACUGAAAGCAACCUGAAGCGUAAACUACCAAGAGUCAAGGUAGAGAAAACAACAAAAUCAAAUAAAAGUACGAUGUGUGACUAUUGCGGUGUUCACUACUCCCAAGAUGUGGCACUUAGGAACGGAGCUGUAUGGGUAGAGUGCAUGAGCUGCGGCAAAUGGUACCACCAAGAAUGUACUGGCACAGAGUCGCCACAGUUCCUGUGUGAUAAUUGUGAUAAAGUAGACUUUUCAGGCACUGAUGACAGUGAUUGGGCACCUGAA